AUGGACUACCUGCUGUCUGGAGGACCUGCCCAACCCCCAUCAAUCUCAAGGGGAUUUUCUCCACCUGAGCAAGCUGAAGCUUGUGCCCUCUGUGGUGACCCGAAUCACUAUGUGACCGAUUGUUAUUUAGCAGCACAAUAUCCUGAAUUUAUCCAGGAAAAGGUACAAGCUGCUCAGGGCUUUGCCAACCCGGGUAACGACCCAUUUUCCAACACCUAUAACCCGGGAUGGCAAAAUCACCCCAAUUUUUCUUGGAAAACCCCUCCUAAUCCACCCUUUAGGCCACCGUUCAAUGCCCAACCUAAUGCCUAUAGGGGUGGACAACAACAACCUUACUCUCAACCUCAACAUACCCCAUCCUUUGAGAGUGAGGUAAUGAAGGUGCUGAAAGGUAUUGAGCAGAAAGUGGGAAUCAAUGACCAAUUAUUGCACUCCCACACUCACUCUAUUAGCAAGCUGGAGACCCAGAUUGGUCAACUUGCCGAAGCCUUCAAUAAGAGAGAGACUGGCCAACUACCAAGCCAACCUAUUGGAAACCCCAAUAGUGCUCAAAUAGGGAGGAGUAAGGAACAAGUCCAGUCGGUUAGAGAGUUGAGGAAUGGUGAGAGGGUGAAAAUACAUGACACACCACCUACCUAUGAGGACUUCCCCUCUAAUACCCCUCAACAGACCACACCAGCAGAGUCAACCCCAGCCCAGGCAGAAGUUGAAUCAAAGGCAUUGAGGCCUCUCAUUGAUGGGAAUAGAACCAUUGCACCUUCUUUGGUCCAUUCCCAAGAAAAUACUAAGAAGGAGUAUGAGCAACCAGUUGGGGAGGGACCUCAACCGGAUAAGUAUACACCCCGAGUCCCUUUCCCUGAUGCUCUCAAAACUCCAUCCUCUCCCCCAUUUGGGAAGCAAGGAGAGAAGAUGAAGGAGAUGUUGGAUUUGUUUCAACAAGUCCACAUCAACCUUCCAUUAUUGGAUGCAAUCAAGCAGGUUCCAGCUUAUGCUAAGUUUUUGAAAGACCUAUGCACUCAGAAGCAUAAGCUAAGGAAUCAAACUCCUAAAACCAUACACCUCACAGAACAGGUAAGUGCAGUUAUUACUGACCUACCCCCCAAGCUGAAGGAUCCUGGUGCACCACUCAUCUCUUGUGUCAUUGGAGACCUCUCUAUUGACAAAGCAUUGUUGGAUCUGGGGGCUAGUGUGAAUAUCUUACUUGGUUCGGUUUUUGAGAAGUUUGGAUUAGGAGAGUUGAAGUCCACUGAAGUCAUACUUCAAUUAGUUGAUCGUUCUGUGAAAAGACCUCGUGGACUUCUUGAGGAUGUUCUUGUGAAGGUAGAUGAUUUAUACUUCCCAGUGGACUUCCUAGUCCUUGACAUGGAAUCUACCUCACCCAAACUUCCCCCUAUCAUACUAGGGCAUCCAUUAUUGGCGACCACCAAUGCUUACAAUAACUGUCGGUCAGGCUCCAUGGACAUAUCGUUUGGGAAUAAGAAGCUUUGGCUAAACAUCUUCAAUGCAUCACUAGGACCCUACAGAGAAGAUGAGUGCUUUGCUCUUAAUAUGAUUGCUAAAGCUGUAUCUCAGUACACUUCCUAG